UCUAGGUGGAGCUGUACUCGUUCUGAACAAAAGGCGAACUGUGUCAGUGUUGAACCCUCAGACUGUUUUCGGAGAACAGUGUGUAAACACACACCGAGAGCAUCCCUACAGAGAAGUGCUCCGUCUUGCCACUCAAGAAUAUUCAGAAUAACACCAUAAAUUCAUCAUUGAAGGAUGAUUUUGUGCCAAACAUGGACCUGGAUAUGUUUAGUCACCUUUGUUUUGUUGACUACACACAUGUCACGCUCAUUCGGCGUAGCAAAGGUUUCAGUGGGUCCUCCAGAAAACAUAAAGAUCAUCGAUCCAGGUCAUCUGGGUUACUUGAACAUUGAGUGGACUAAACCAGGUAGCUUGCAUGACCUCACAAACUGCACUAUUCGCUACCAACUCCGCUUUUAUGACACGUAUACAGGGAGAUGGAAGGGUGUACAGACGUCCAGGUUAUAUUACUCGGACCAGUUUGACCUGGAGAAACCCAUCCAGGUGCGGCUGCUCACGCUGCUGAAGGGUUCAUGCACCAAUGGGACGGAUGUUCUAGGAGAGGAAGUCGAGCUUGUGCACAUGCCUGAACACAAAGGUGUGGCUGGCUCAAGAAUAAGGGAUUUCCACUGUGUUUAUUUUAACAAGGAGUACAUGGAGUGCACAUGGGAGCCUGGCAGUGCCGAGCCAGCUGGCUCAAAACGCUACCUCUAUUACUGGCAAAGAACAAUGCAAGAAACGAAGGAAUGUCCAGAGUACGUCCCUUCUCAUGAGCGCCGCAAAGGAUGUAGAUUUCCUCCCGAUUCACUCCUGGAUUUUUCUGAGUUUAAUAUUUGUGUUAAUGGCUCUUCUCACGCGGGGGAUUUAGAGCCGGCUUUUUUCUCCCUGGCGACACAAAACCAUGUCAAACCUGCAGCUGUGUCUAAUCUGCACUUGGCUCAUAAUGACAGCCAGGUGCAAGUAUGGUGGGAUCCUCCAUCAGGUCCCAUUGCAGCACAUUGUCUGGAGUAUGAGCUCCAAAUAACCACGAAGAAUCACAAUGGCAGCGAGCAGCAGACAGCUGUGAUGGAGGAGACAGCGUUUGAUUUCCACCAACAUCCUGAAACCGAGAGAACCUGUUUCCAGGUCAGAUCUAAAGUGAACAUGUACUGUGCUGACAAUGGCUUUUGGAGUGAGUGGAGCAAACUAAGCUGCAUUCCAGAGAUUAACCAAGAAGAAAUUGCAUGCACAUUCUGGAGCCCUUUGCCGAAGCUCGCCGCUGCAGCCAGUGUGAUUGUUGUGUUUGGCACCGUCUGUCUCAUACUGUGGAUGCUCACGAAGAUAUGGAGGAAUAGAAAUGAACAAAAGCAUGCUUUCCGUGCUUUGUACCAGGAGAAGGUCCAGAAGGUGAUCCCUCCCAUAUUAAACCCUAUGGUUUAAUAUUUAUUCUGCAAUGGACACAUGGACACUGCAGCAUGUGCAAGUACAUUCGGACCCUAUGUCAGUUCCCAGCCUGUCUGUUUACAGUACUGAACGAUUUGAGUCUGGACACUGGUUUUUCUCUAAAGAUGCACAACGGAACAUGGAUAAAUCCUGCACCUAUUUACAGAGAUUGUAGUCACUCUGUGAAAAUCUAAAUGUUUGUGGCAGCAUAGCACUACCAAACAGUGUUUCCUUUCUGAAUGUAUUUACUGUGUUGUUUACUUAUUUUUAUAUACUGUAUUGACAUCUAAAGUUACUCAUAAAAUGCCAGAAUUCUUGCCAAUCUUUAUACAAUCAUACAUUGUACGUUUUUACUGAAUGUUUUUACCAUGUUAUUUUUGUAUGAUAAAAUUUACUGUCUGUUAUUUUACUGUCAACAUUUUUUUUUUUUUUAUGUAAACAGAAUUCCAUUCCUUUCACUCUCUACAGUUUACAACUGUAUGUUACAAGGUCAACAUGUUGUUUUUAACCUCAUUUUUCUCCUAAGUGUAUCAUAGCAAACUCACAAUAAAAGCUUUGUCUUUCAUUA